AUGGCGCAAGACGGUGGUGCGGAUGAACCAAUGGUCAUCAAUCAGGGAAGGGCGGGGCUCAAGCAGAGUUUGCACCAUCCCAACGCCGGACGAAGCGCAACCAACGCAACUAUACCGGCAGUGAGCGAGGCGCAGCGUGGGGGAGUAGAGGAGCAAACUACGUUGAAGAAAGAUUUGGCUAACCUAGUGAAGGAGGGCGCGCUAGAGGAGGUCGUCCAGAUAGUCCAUAGGUAUGCAGCUAUAGAGGCGCAAAAGGCCACUGAGGCCAACGCAAACACGGCAAUGAUUACGACAGAAAACCGAAACACCGAAGCAAUCACGCGAGACGAACUCAACAGGUCCAUCGAAGCAACAUUUCAACGCUUUAUGCCAAAGACACCCCAAGCAGUACCAGGGACAACAUGA